UUUUAUGGAGUACGUUAUUUUCCAUUUAUUUUGUCAUUGAAAGUUAUAUUGUGAGGGAAGAAGCUGAAGAAUCAGAAGUAGUGGCAUUAAGACAUAACAUUACACCUACAAUCGGCUACGCUAGUAUUAAUAAUGUUAGCAACAAUUCAGUUGCUAGUGGUUGGGCCGUGUACGAAAUUGUUAACAACUGGUCUGGGCAUGUAAGAAGACACAUUCAGACAUGGUAA